CUGUGCCACACGCGCCUGUCUGACACUUGACUGACAGAAUUCUUGAAGAUUUUGCGAGUAAAGUUUUGAAGAAGCAGGGAGAGGCAAUGGUGGGGUUAGGUAGAAGUGACUGGUAAGUGAGAGAACGACGCCGCUAAGAACUGCUGCUGUUUGUAGAAGCUGAGAAGACUGUCACUAACUGGUCGAGACAAACAGCCUGUCACAAGCAACAUGACUGGCCUGGGCGGCUGUGUGGCACUGCUGCUGGUGUUGGCGGCAGGCAGCGGCACUACAGGUGAGGGUGAAGACUCCAGGCCGUGCGAGGCACUGCAGGAGGAGGUGUGCCAGGGCCUGGGCUACCAUGCCACACUCUUCCCAAACCUCCUCAACCACAAGUCUCAAGAUCUGGCCUCCGAGGAGCUCCUCUCCUUCCUACCACUCAUUGAGGCGGAGUGCUCCGAGGUGCUCCGAGAGUUCCUGUGUACUCUCUACAUGCCCGUGUGCACCAACUACGGCUUCCACCUGCCUCCCUGCCGCUCCCUCUGUAAACAGGCGCGGGAGGGAUGCGAACAGGUGUUGGAGGAGACGGAACUCCGCUGGCCCAACAAGUUCGACUGUACACGUUUCCCAGAGCACCACGAACUGAUGUGCGUCCUCACUCUCAACCAUAGUAGCGUGACCACCUCCACCACCAGUAGUCCCGCCCUGACCCUGCCCCCAGCGGGCACCAGGACGGACCUCACACCAUACCCGGUGGCCCAGCAGCUCACACAGUGCUCCUCCAACGUUGACUGUAUCCUCGAGAGGUCGGUGUGUCGUGGUGGUGAGUGCGUGUGUGAGUACCCCCGCACUUGGGGUCCGUCAGGCUGUGAGGACUCACAGAUCCUGGGAGGUCAGUGCACGUCAAACAACCAGUGCACAGCCGUGACGCCAAACUCCGUGUGCAGCGACUCCUUGUGCACCUGUCUACCUCCCCUCACCAGCUACCUCAACCUGGCCUGCAUUCACGCCAGCGUGGUGGGGGCCAUGUGCUACAACAACGCACAGUGCCGGGCAGUGAACAAGUUCAGCUUCUGUAAGUUCGUCGUGUCCGAGGUGGUGGGCGCGUGCACCUGUGACCCUGACCAGUUCAUCGAUGCCCAGGGCCGCUGCGUGCCCAGGCUAGGUGGGCGGUGUAACAAGGGCGACUGUCCCAGACAACUGGGCGCGGCUUCCUGUCAGCGGGGUCGAGACGCCGUUCUUAAGUGCUUCUGCAGGAAAAAGGCCGUGCAGCGGCGGGGCGUGUGUGUGUUACCCUAGCUGGCUCCCGCUGGUGCUUGUUACCCUAGCUGGCUCCCGCCGGUGCUGG